AUGCAGAUGAAUAAUUCUUUAUCAUCCCUUUCUGCCAAAAGAUUGCAAGGCAAAGUCGCCAUAGUCACCGGUGGUGCAAGCGGUUUCGGUGAAAGCACGGUGAGGCUUUWCACYAAACAUGGCGCCAAAGUGGUGAUCGCCGAUGUCCAAGACGAACGGGGAACUUCCCUUUGUGAGGAACUACUUUCUAAACUGGGAAAUGUCGUCAUGUAUGUUCAUUGUGAUGUUACCAGUGAUUCCGAUGUUCAAAAUCUCGUGGACACCACGGUUUCCAAAUACGGAAAGCUAGACAUCAUGUUCAACAAUGCAGGCAUMCCCGGCGACCCAAAUAGCACGAUACUCGGCUCUAAUAUCGAAAAUUUCAAACGGGUUUUUGAGGUGAAUGCGUUUGGUUCAUUUUUGGGAGCCAAACACGCCGCUCGGAUCAUGAUUCCGGCGCAGAGUGGGGUGAUUCUGUUCACUGCAAGUCUGGUGUCGGUGAGUGCCGGCGAUACGUCGUAUGCCUACACGAUGUCGAAGCACUCGGUGGUGGGGUUGACGAAGAAUUUGUGUGUGGAGCUAGGACGAUAUGGAAUAAGGGUGAACUGCAUCUCACCGUGGGGGGUUGCUACGCCGCUGCUGGUUAAUGCGAUGGGAAUGGAGAAGGAGGUGGUGGAGGAAGUGUUACGUGCAUCGGGCACUUUGAAAGGUGUGGUGCCGACGCCGGAGGAUGUGGCGGAGGCKGCGUUGUAUUUGGGUAGCGAUGAGGCUAAGUUUGUGAGUGGGGUGAACCUGGUGRUUGACGGUGGUUAUAGCACCACCAAUUCCUCAUUCUCAACGGCGAUCAAAUCAAAAGUUUGAUGGCUUGAAAUUAAGAAGCAAACCCUGUCACUCUCUCUAUAUAUUCCCAUAUAUAACUCUACGUAUAUACGUUGUACUUUCACGUACAAGAAAUGUCU